AUGGACCCCAUAAUUCCUCCCGCGGGGGACCUAUCCUCCGAAAAAGCAGCGCCGCUCUCCCUCCCCCUCAAACGCGAAGAGCUCAUCGCCUCCCCCUCUUCAAGCGCCAACCAACGCCGGUAUACCACAAUCUCGAUCCCGAGCACCUACGGCCAGCAAAACUCGAACACAUCUCCCGGAACAGUGGUCGGAAUAGUCCUCGGCAGCGUGGGCGGCUUCGUCCUCCUCCUCUACCUAAUCAUCAUUGCCCUGAAUCCCAGCGGCUUCGCGCGAGACGGAGGCUUAUCCGUCGACGAAGAGAUCGUCAUACGCAGCCGGCACGGAACGCUAUCCUCAAGCCGUCCAUCCAGCCGUCGGCGCCGCAGCGAUGUCGUCGAGGUGGUUGAGGAGCGCGAUAGUCGCCGGCCGCUGUCGUCACGAUACCGUCGCGAGCGGGACUCGGAUCGCAUUGUUGUCGAGGAGUCCGUCACUGCUACGACGACUACAGAUGAGAAUGAUCUCGUGGAGGUUGUUGAAGAAGAAUCCUCGGUGGUUUCGUCGGUAUCCACUGUGCCGAGGAGGCACCAGCGCAAUUCGAGUGGGAGGGGUGCUUAUCGCAGUGUUGAUCCCCGCGAGUAUGGAGGUGGGAGCUCGUAUGCCAGUCGGUAUCGGUGA